AGUUCCUGUGUAAAAAAGCAUUGCAGUUUCUAUCCUGAUCAGGAAUAUAGAGAUUGACAACUUCAGACUUUAUGUCAUUUGAGACUUAAAGAAUUAUCUGUUAGCAUAGAGAGAAUGAACUGUGCUUAGCAAUAACAAAAUAUAACUGCUGGAUUACUAUACGUAAAUGAUAUAUUUCUCGCAUUAAUCUCAAAAGGAUAAGUAAACAUUAAUCAACAAAUAUCUGUGUGAAAAUACACAAAAUGGAUGUCACUUCAACCAUGACAAUGAUACACUUGAGCACCAUCAUGGAUUGGACUCAAACAGCUAUCGUUAGAAUUGAAUGGUCAUGGAAGCAGAUCAACUGGUCAUAUUCUGAAAUACUUCACCUAUGCUCUGCUGUCCUUGGCAUAGUUGGUAACCUGAUGGUUAUACUGGCACUCCGCGAGCGGCGCGCGGCUGGACGUUCGACGGAUACCUUGAUGAGCGCUCUAGCCUUUGCGGACUUCCUGACGUCCCUUUUCACCAUCCCUGUGCCAUCCGCGUCAACAGUUCCGAACUCUUCUCUGGGGCAGUUGUACUGCAAGAUGACCCUACCCGGGUUCUUUCUCUUCGUCGCUGCAACAGCAUCAAGCUACAUCCUCAUGGCGAUAUCUGUAGAAAGGUUCCUUGCUGUUGUGUACCCUCUGCAGUUCAACCAACUCAUGGCCCGGAAGCAGAUGCUUGCCAUCGUGAUAUCGGCCAUCUGGAUCAUUUCGUUUCUGGUCUACGGCAUCUUCAUCGCUACUGCGGUGAUCGCCAACCCCAUGACACACACCUGCACCUUGUACUUCCCUACUGUCGCAGCUAAGGUGACUUUCGGAUACUUCAUGUUCAUCUACCGCUUCGUCCUACCUGUCCUGGUAAUGUUAGUUACGCAGGUGUUCAUUGCCUACAAGCUCCAUCGCCACUCCGUUCAGUUCCGAGGACAAGAAGCUGUGUCCUUCCACAUCAAGGCCAGAAAUCGCGUCCUGAAGCUUAUGUCAAUCGUCAUCAUUGUUUUCGUCAUUACUUGGGGUCCAGGUCAGGUCAGUUUCUUUCUCUUCACCAUCGGCGUCCUGCCACCAUCCUAUAUCGGUGGUCCUUUGCACAAGUUCAUCAUCGUUUUUACCACUUACAAUUCGUGCAUGAAUCCCGUCAUUUACAUAGUGUGGUUCCCGGAAUUUCGACUAGCCCUGAGAAAGAUGUUCACGUGCAAGCCUUCGACAGACGGCCAAUUAGAGGAAGCAAAGAUAGAAACCAAAACUGAUUCUGUGGAUGUCUCAAAGCGUGCCUCAAGCAUAUCAAAUAAUAUUUAGAUUAAUCUUUGCGAUAUUCAUAAUAGUGGGAAAAUUGGCACUUUGGUUAGGUCAUCGAGAGUGAAAAUACACGAAAUAAUAUUAAAUCGGAAAUCACAAACACUGGAAAUACUAAUUUAAUAAAUUGAUACACUGUCAAAAACUGUCUUUAAUAAUUUGAAGAGUUUCCUAAUUAUUAAUAUGUCAUUUCGAAUAUGAGAGACAUAACUACAAUACGUGUCGAGUUGUCACGAUUCUCCUCCAUAUUCAACACUUAAUUUAUUUAUUUCUAUAUAUGCAUGAUAUUUUCUCAUAAGGUUCCAUUUAAAUUGUUUUUAAUUGUUACAACAUUAUACAUGUAUAAUAGUUUAUUACAUCAUGGUAGGGUCUAUGAUUACAGACACACUUUAUUACAUGGUGAGAUUGGACACUGAAUAGAUAUACAACAUGAUGCACAAACGUUCUGUUAGUUAAAAAUAAAAAAGAAGCCUAAAAUUCAUAUCACUCAAUUUCAGAAUACUGUGAUGUGAAAAUUAAUUAAAUA